ACCUAAUUUCCCAAUUUGAAAACCCUGAGUUCCUAAUCAGAAACCCUAACCUACCCAUUUUCUUCUCCCUUCAGCCGCCGAACCCCACCCCUCUUCAGCGUCACACACUCACCCCUAAUCCCCAAGUCAGCGCCGUUACCCCCCAUCACACACCCUCACCUCAGCUCCACGCGUACUCAGCCUCACCACCCUCUCAUCAACGCAACACACAUGCACAGCUCCACACUCAUCGAUGGAAGAGAAGGAAGACGCCGCUGCCCUCGCGCCGUGCCGCCGUACUCCACAUCGUUGUUGUCGACAUUCGUGGAGGAAGAGAAGUCAAGCGCGCCAGAGAAGAGUGAGAGGGGGACACCGCGAUGGGCUGUUCUGCUGCCGAGGGUCACGUCACAGUUGUUGAAGCCAUCAAUGUCGCCGUCGCUGGAGGAGUUCCGUGCGUCGCCAUCGCCAUCGUCGCUGGUGUGGUCGGAGCCGCCAUCGCUGGAGAAAGAGCAAGCGCGAACCUGAGGAGGGAGAGAGAGAGAUACGACGCAACCGAGGAGGAAGGAGAAGUCUUCUGUCACUGCAGCCACGUCUCUUCACCGCCGCUACCGUCGAUGGAAGUCGUCGCCGUCGCCGAGCCGCUGCAUCGCCGGACAUCAUUGCUGGAGGACCGAAUGGAGAAGCUCGUCAGUUCUUCUUCUGCCUCUGGUUUCUGGAAUCCGAGAAGACGCCACCGCCGUUGCUGGAACUGUUAUUGUUGCUCUGGCCCUGCUCUGGCUCCACUCUGAAUCGUUACCGUCACUGUUUGGCUGAUGUUGAGGCCUUCCACCAUCACUGGGGCUUCCCAGAAUUAUCGUGAUUGCUGCCAAGAGAGCUGAAUGGGUGCUAGAAACUGCUAACGGAACUACCAUGUUUGAUUAUUUCUACGAGUUGCGACAUUGAGUGACACAGGUUUGAAGACACAGUUUGAAGCUGCGGGUGAUUACAGAAUUUAUUUUAGUUAAAUGUAUGAGUUAAUUUGCUUUCAUAGAGUUCCCUCGUCCUUAUUGUUUAAGAUUUUUAUUUUAUACAGAGGGAUAGGAUUUGUAUCUGAGUUUUAUUUGAAAUCUU